AUCAGUGUUUCGUUUCGAUUUGUUUACUACUUUACUGUGCAACUGUUCACGUGUAUGAAUUUAGUUUACUUUGAUUUUGUUAAACAUUAUUUUUUUUAUUUUUAGUUGUUAUUUCAUGUUUAAUUAGUUUAAAAAAAUGUUCCCCUUAAGUACACAAAAGAAACAUUGGGUAUUUAGUGAUGAAAAGGAUUUAAUAGAACUGAGACGACAGGCUAAUGCUAAUUUUGUUGAAAAACAUGGCAAUAAGAUGUCAAUAGAACAAAGGGCCGAAUAUUUUCUAUCAGAAUCAGAAGAGCGUAUCUUAGUUCGUUAUUAUGAAACACAAUUGAGAGAAUUGGGUAAACGAUUUAAUCCACAAAUGCCACGAGCUACAGUAGCAACUGCAUUACAUUAUUUCAAAAGAUUCUACUUAAGAAAUAGUGUAAUGGAUUAUCAUCCAAAAGAAAUACUAGUCACCUGUGUAUAUUUAGCGUGCAAGGUUGAAGAAUUUAACGUUUCUAUAUCUCAAUUUGUGUCAAAUAUAAAAGGUGAUCGAGAUAAAGCAUCCGAUAUUAUUCUUAAUAAUGAAUUGCUUCUCAUGCAACAAUUAAAUUAUAAUCUCACUGUUCAUAAUCCAUUUAGACCUGUAGAAGGUUUAUUAAUUGACAUUAAGACACGUUAUCCAGGAAUAGAAAAUCCAGAAAGAUUACGUCCUUAUAUAGAGGAAUUUCUUGAUAAUGUUUUUAUGACUGAUAGCGUUUUACUUUAUGCUCCAAGUCAAAUAGCAUUGUCCGCUAUUCUUAAUGCAGCAUCAAAAAUCUCAUCAACUUUAGACAGUUAUGUUACUGAUAUUCUAUUUUCAAGGGACCAUUUGGGAGGAAUUAUCGAAGCAGUUAGAAAAAUAAGAUCGAUGGCUAAAUUCAUUGAAACUCCUACAAGAGAAUUUGUGAGGCCUUUAGAAAAGAAAUUGGAAAGAUGCAGAAAUCAAGACAACAAUCCAGACAGUGAAAUAUACAAACAAAGAAUGCUGGAUAUGUUGGAUGAAGAAGAUUUAUUGGACAAUGAAAAGUAUGCAAAAAUAAUUCAAGAUCAAGCGGCAAAUGAUGAAAAAACUCUAGGCGUGUCUAGGGUCUCACCAAGUGAUUAAUUCCUUGAUUCAUAAAAAUAUCGAAUUUAGACAUGGAUUUCAAGAUUUUGGAUUUUGAGUUUCCACAGUGAGUGAUAUUAAAUAAUUUAUUUAAGUUUGAUAUAAUUAUUUUUUUUCAAUACCAAUACAAAUAUGAUAAAUAUCAGUUUAAAACUUUUUUAAAUUCAAUUCCAAAUAUCUUUUAAAAGAGUAUAUAAUUUAUUAGCAAAAUGUUUAAAUUUACAAAAUAUUUUAAAAAACAAAAUUGUUAAAAACAAGUAAAAACUUAUUUAAAAAAAAAAAAAAAAAAAAAUAACUACAAUAAUAUUUCUCUCAUAUUUUGUUGUCAAUCAAUUUUUGGGGAAAAUAUAAUAUUUUUUUGUAAAACAAUGUACAUUUUAUAAUAUAAUUAUUAUUUUACGAUU